GAUUCCAAGAUCUCGGCGAUCGUCGCGCCAGUGGUUGUUUUCGUUUUAGUCGCCCUUAUAUUAUUGGUUGGAUUCUUCUACUGGAGAAGGUAGGAUCACGCCUCACUAGAAACGCCAUGAUACAUUUUUUAAGAGAACCUGCAACAGAUGUAGUUAAAUGGAAACUGAAAAUUGGAGAUUGAAGAGGAAUCGACUUUCUUUCGUAAAGAGCUAAAGCAGCAGGAAAACGUCAAAAAAUUCAAAAUGGCGGUGCCCUGAAGAUAAAUAGAGAAUGUAAGCGUUGACAACGAGUUUGCCGAUUGAGCGCAUCGGUUCUUCGCAGCUGCACAUGCUCUAGUCGUUUUUACGGCAAGUUUUCAUCGAAAAGUCGAGGUGGCGAGAACGAGAUUUUUAAAGGAUCAGGAGCAACAGUUUCGAUUUGAUUUCGAAAUACUCGCUUACGUGACAGGCGCAGAAAUCGACUUCAAAUCAAUUACGAUUGUGUUGUCAACGCUAACACUCUCUAGUGUAAAGGCCAAAACAGGAAAUUUUUGUGCUACGUUUUUCCUUUCGCUUGCCAGGAAAACAGUUGGAAUUUUGGCUUUCGUUUGAACUCAUUUCGUUCAAUUUGUUAUAACACGGAAGCAAAUAGGAACUUAGUGAAAAUAAAACCAGUCGGGUACUAGAGCGCUGUCUGUCCCAGUGGGGAGGGGUACUCCGGAUUUAAAGUGACAGGGAUGAUCAAAGAUUUUGGGGGGGUUUCAAAUUUUCGAUUUCAGGAUAUUUUUGGAUUGGAAAAUUUUGUCAGGUAUUUUUCUGGGUAGCUUGAUUUAAGUAGGCAUUUUUUGGGGUAUUCAAAACAAUCUCAAGAUUCGAGAUAGUUCCCACGUAUCCCGGCCGCGUAGUUCCGCGAAAAGAUUAUUUUGGCUCGGAAAUUCAGCGUGAAAUUUUGGUUCAGGGAUUUUCCUGGAAUUUGUUUGAAGCCCUAGGGAUUUUUUCGGGUUUUGAUUUUUGCCCCCAUUCUAUCAUCCCUGUCACUUGAAAUCCUGAGUACUCCCCCCCUCCCUUCCCCGGACUGUAUAUGCAGCCAUGACAAUGCUAUCGUUUUUCUGCUUAUUUUAUGACAGAAGGAGAUCAAAUAAAAACUUGGAGAUUCAGCAAGUGACAUUCCAGAAGUAAGUAAUCUUAAAAUGAAUAUACUUAAGUCAGUUUUCCUGGCCCGGCAAAGUUUUAUACGGGGGUAAAGGGGCUCCACCCAGAGGGGCAACCCAGUGCCGUUUUAUGUACCAUUAUUUCUUUUAUACUACUACUUGAGAAAUUUCAGUCAUUUGAUUGGCUUAUAGUAGCGGUAUUUCUGCUUAAUUUGAAAUACCUACAUGUGAAAAUUACAAACCUUUUGCGGGUAGUAGUAUAAACAAAUAAUAGCAUGAUUUGGACGUGAUAUUUGGCAUAAAUACCACUCGUGAUAUUUCCAAAUUGUCUCAAAUUUCACUUGCCUAACGGCUCGUGAAAUUACGUAUAACAAUUUUGAAAUAUCACUCGUGGUCUUUAUGCCAAAUAUCACUACAAAUCAUGCUAUUACCUAUACAAAGCGCUGUUAUUUUAUUUAAUUACAUGUUACGUAUUUUUGAUUUGCAGAUCUGGCCAGGAACCUCUAGAAGGAGCAGUAAACCCUUUGUAUGAUGGGUAAAUAUGAUGAUAUUUCAGCUUUAACACACUUCUCUUCUUUAUUAUAAUUUGGAUCAAAACCCAUCGGCUUUAGAAUUUACGAGCUUAGUGCACAACAGGGAUGAGUUCCUUUUUGGAGGUGGUGGACCCCAGAUAGGUGGGGUAAAAUGUGGCGGGUCACCCCACUUAUCAUGUAAACGUGAUCAACUUAAAACGAGCGAUUAUAUGGACAGGCGGGUUGCCCCACCUAAGCGGUUUACCUCACCUACCUGAGGUCCCCCACCUCCAUGUGAACAGCCCUUAACCUAGCCUGUUCCAGGCUCAAAAAUUGUAAUGUGCAGAGAUCGUAAAUGCAGAUACGAAAAAAAAAUCGCAGGCCACGUGCACCUUGUUUUCACGACGUCCCUACCAUCUUAGGCUAUGUUUUAACCCUUUCACUGCGAGAAUGCUUGAUGGAGAUUUUAAGGGGACUCUAACUUUUGAGUCUGUGGAUGAAAUCCUAUGAUGUGACCAUUCAAAUCAAAGCUCUUUGCCUGUUCUUUCACACGAUGCUAUCUGUUUUUCAAAAUUUGCUUUUGGUUAAAUUUGGCAGUGAAAGGGUUGAACUAUACCGGAUAGCCUUUCGUGGCGCCACGAAAAGCUAUCUCCCAGGGAAACUAUCUGGUAUAGUAUGGACAGAAGAGGCCCAUGGUGGGCAGCCCCAAAGUCGUUCACACGAAUAUAUCCAAUGGGGAGUUUAAGAUAGCACGACGGCGAAGGCCACGAAAACGUGGCUUAAAAAGUGAAUAUGUGUUCUUUUAAUCUCUAUCGUGAUUACUCCAACUUAUUUACUUUGUCAAAAGCAAGCGAACUCUUACUUCCGCGAGGAAACCGAAUACGUGUUCACACUGCACUAAAAUAUAGAUAAAACCUAUCCCAUAUGUGACGCUCCACUCUCGUUCCGUCACACAAAUCGCGCCGCCACAACCGUUCUUUUGUGUCAACAGAAGCACAAUGCUGUAUGGUUAUCGUGGCGCUCCAAACGUUAUACUGUGAGUACUGUGAGCACCGUUUUAGAGCCUAGUACGGCUAGAAUUAAUCCGGUCGUUAAAAUCAAAUAUUUUUCACCACACAAUCUAAAGUCAGACCAUCACAAAAACUUUCCAUGGUGGAAAAUUUUUAAAAUGGUGUUUCAGUUUAUAUUUAUCAUUUUGUUUUUGGUUUCUUGUUAGAGGUGAACUGCAGUUCCGUGACACCAAAGAGGCUUAG